CCCUUUGUUUACGUUGUCGUUUGACUGAUUCCCGUGUUUGUUCACUCGUUCACCACCACUUUCUGGGCGAUCGUGGGCUUGUUGAAUUUUAGACUCCCUCAGACUCACCAAGGGGCUAUUAUCGCGUAUUAGCCAUGACUAAGAUUAUUCAGAAAUCUGCUACGUUCCUUUUGGCGGUUACGCUGGCCGCCAUUUUGGUGCCCUCUGUGUUUGCUCAUCAGGGAUCACACGGUAUCAAUAUUCACCAGCACAACAGGAUGAUUAAGAAGAGGAUUUCAACUAGUGGGGGUGAUGUUAGGAAGCGUUCUCCUGAUAAAAAAAAGCCGGACGUGCCCCUCCUCACUUUAACCUCGCCUGGAAAUCCAACUAGUACUGAUUCUGUAAGUUACCUGCAUCAUCAUGCAUUGAAGCCUGUCUAAUGUCCCUUUUAGAGUGGUGGCAAUACCAAUACGCCCACCUCUGCGCCGUCUUCCACCACCACUACUUCUACCUCGACCGUCUCUACUCCAAGUUCCACUUCUAUUCCUUCAACAUCGACCUCAUCCACUUCU